AUUUUUAAUAGUUGCGGUCCUGUAUUAAGUGCAACCGGCCUCACUGCAUACCCGUAAAACUCUUUCGUUUCCGUUUCCAUUUAUAAAUUACUUGGAUUAACAUUUCAUUCUUAAAAGUAAUUAGGAAAAAGAUCAGUCUACAAUGGAAAAAACGAAAUCUGCCUCUAAGGACGUCGAAAUGAAAGAUGUCGAAAAGACGGAAAAAGUGGAAGAAACAAAGGAUCCAGACUUGUUAACGUUAGAAGGUAGUGUAUUUCUUAUAUUAUAAGCAGCCAGAAUCAAAAUUUUAAAUAUUUUAUUUGCUGAAUCACCCAGCGAAUUAUAGGAUCGCGACGAAAUUCAACAUGACAUAUCAACUAUACUUUGUUUAUGUCAUGAAAAUUAAGUAAUUUACAAACAGAAAAUAUCUAAAUCAUUGAAAAUAAUAUUUCAGAUUUGCCGUUUAUCUUAAGUAAAUUUGAUCAGACCUCAAUUUACAUGCAUGAUAGCUUACAUUAAAAAGUUUUUUCCUUUUGUACAUUAGAUAUAAGAGAUCAAAUAAGAAACAUCGACAAAGCAGCACAUACUAAAGAAAGAAGAUUUGCGGCUAGGAGUUUAAGAGCUUUACCCUCAUUAAGAAGACGGGUAAACCCUGGAGUUCUUAAACAAGCUAUUACAAAUUUUUGCCAAUCAUCUUCUAAGGAAACAAUUAUAAGUUAUAUCCCUGAGAGUGAUAAAGGCACUGAAAGAUUUGACAAGGUGUCCACCCCUCAAAAUUUAGCAUUUGAAUGCGAAAUUUACUUGCACAUGCUGUUAUGCAUGUAUUUACUUGAUGAAUUCAACAAGAAGAAAGUAGAAAAAACCAUAUUAUUACGGUGUGGUAAAGACUUGUUGGACAAGAUAACAAGUCAUUCGGUUCUCGAUUCAUUGUCCGCCAGAGCCUUCUUUUACUCUGCAAGAAGUAUGGAAGCUUGUAAAGAGCCAGAGGAACCAUUACGGCCCACUCUUCAUGCUGCUUUGAGGACUUCAACACUUAAGGGACAUGCUGAAACAGAAGCUACACUGCUAGUUCUACUUCUAAGAUCCUACGUGGAAGCGAAAUUGUAUACCCAAGCAGAUAAAUUGGUAUCGAAAACUACUAUGCCUGAAAAUGCAUCAUCCAACCAACACGCUAGAUAUCUUUAUUACGUUGCGAAACUGCGCGCAAUCCAACUUGAUUAUAGUUCAGCUUACAAACAUCUUGUUGCUGCUUCUCGAAAAGCUCCGUCAAUUGGUGCUCUAGGAUUUCGUCAACAUGUAGCUAGAUUGACUGUAGUUGUCCAACUACUUUUGGGUGACAUACCAGAGCGUGCAGCCUUUAGGGCAUCGGGUAUGAGACAUACAUUGGAGCCCUACUUGGAGUUAACAAGAGCUGUAAGGGCUGGAAGGUUAGAUGCUUUUGGAGACUGCCUAAAGAAACACGAGAAACUUUUUGAGGAGCACGCUACUUACACUUUAAUUGUGAGGAUCAGACACAAUGUAAUUAAAGCAGGAGUCAGAAGAAUUGCAAGUGCUUACUCAAGAAUUAGUUUGGUUGAUGUAGCUACAAAAUUGGGCUUAGACUCUCCUGAGGACGCUGAAUACAUUGUGUCUAAAGCGAUCCGCGACAAGGUACUGGAUCCAACAUCGACUAGUGUUGACCACGAAUUUGGAACUUUGGAUGCGCGACAUCCGGCUGAUGUAUAUAUAACAAUGGAGCCAACUUACGCUUUUGAUACGCGACUGUCGUACUGUCUGAAAUUACAGAGGCAAUGCGUAAAGGCUCUAAGGUAUCCGCCAAAAUCAUAUCAGCGCAAUUUGGAAACUCCUGAACAAAGACGGGAAAGAGAGCAACACGAAAUUGACGCUGCGGCCGAUAUGCCUGAUGAUGACUUUGAUGGAUUUUAAAUUAAUUCUUGUUAGAUACUAUUCAAAUGCUUGUGUAAAACAUAUAAUAAAAAAUAUGUUGUUUUUUUCAUUAAACAAUUUAAAUGGCUUAUUCUUUUUCUAUAUUGUUCUAUUUUUUACAAUAUUCACUUUCAUAAUAUU